CUCGGGGCAGACGAUGCUGAAGAUGCUCUCAUUUAAGCUGCUGUUGCUGGCCGUGGCUCUGGGCUUCUUUGAAGGAGAUGCUAAGUUUGGGGAAAGAAGCGACGGGAACGGAGCGAGGAGGAGAAGGUGCCUGAAUGGGAACCCCCCGAAGCGCCUGAAAAGGAGAGACAGGCGGAUGAUGUCCCAGCUGGAGCUGCUGAGCGGGGGAGAGAUGCUGUGCGGCGGCUUCUACCCGCGGCUGUCCUGCUGCCUGCGGAGUGACAGCCCGGGGCUGGGGCGCCUGGAUCACAAGAUAUUUUCUGUUACCAACAACACCGAAUGUGGGAAGUUACUGGAGGAGAUCCAAUGUGCGCUUUGCUCUCCACACUCUCAGAGCCUGUUCCGCUCACCUGAGAGGGAGGCCUUGGAAACAGACCUGGCGCUUCCCCUGCUCUGCAAAGAUUAUUGCAAAGAAUUCUUUUAUACUUGCCGAGGCCAUAUUCCAGGUUUCCUUCAAACUACUGCUGAUGAGUUUUGCUUUUACUAUGCAAGAAAAGAUGGUGGGUUGUGCUUUCCAGAUUUUCCGAGAAAACAAAUCAGAGGACCAGCAUCUAACUACUUGGACCAGAUGGAAGAGUAUGACAAAGUGGAAGAGAUCAGCAGAAAGCACAAGCACAACUGCUUCUGUAUUCAGGAGGUUGUGAGUGGGCUGCGCCAGCCUGUCAGCGCCCUGCACAGUGGGGACGGCUCGCAACGGCUCUUCAUUCUGGAGAAAGAAGGCUACGUGAAGAUACUCACCCCUGAAGGAGAAAUUGGCAAGGAGCCUUAUUUGGACAUUCACAAACUUGUUCAAAGUGGAAUAAAGGGAGGAGAUGAAAGAGGACUGCUAAGCCUUGCAUUCCAUCCCAAUUACAAGAAAAAUGGAAAGCUGUAUGCGUCUUACACCACCAACCAAGAACGGUGGGCUAUCGGGCCACAUGACCACAUUCUCAGAGUUGUGGAGUACACCGUGUCCAGAAAAAAUCCCCAUCAGGUUGAUUUGAGAACUGCCAGAGUGUUUCUGGAAGUUGCGGAACUCCACAGAAAGCAUCUGGGAGGACAACUGCUCUUUGGCCCGGAUGGCUUUCUGUACGUCAUCCUCGGCGACGGGAUGAUCACACUGGAUGACAUGGAAGAGAUGGACGGAUUAAGUGACUUCACAGGCUCAGUGCUCCGGCUGGAUGUGGACACGGAUAUGUGCAGUGUGCCUUAUUCCAUCCCCAGGAGCAACCCGCACUUCAACAGCACCAACCAGCCCCCGGAAGUGUUUGCCCAUGGCCUCCACGAUCCAGGCAGAUGCGCUGUGGAUCGACACCCCACUGAUGUAAACAUCAAUUUAACAAUACUUUGUUCAGACUCCAAUGGAAAGAACAGAUCAUCAGCCAGAAUCCUACAGAUAAUAAAGGGAAAAGAUUACGAAAGUGAGCCAUCACUUUUAGAAUUCAAACCAUUCAGUAAUGGUCCUUUGGUUGGCGGGUUUGUUUACCGAGGCUGCCAGUCUGAAAGACUCUAUGGAAGCUACGUGUUUGGAGACCGUAAUGGGAAUUUCUUAACUCUCCAGCAAAGUCCUGUGACCAAGCAAUGGCAAGAAAAACCACUCUGUCUGGGCAACAGUGGUUCCUGUAGAGGUUACUUUUCAGGUCACAUAUUGGGAUUCGGAGAAGACGAAUUAGGUGAAGUUUACAUUCUAUCAAGCAGUAAAAGUAUGACUCAGACUCACAAUGGAAAACUCUACAAAAUUGUAGAUCCCAAAAGACCUCUGGUGCCUGAGGAGUGCAGAGCGGCAGUGCAACCUGCCCAGACGCUCACGUCAGAAUGCUCCCGGCUCUGUCGGAAUGGCUACUGUACCCCGACGGGAACGUGCUGCUGCAGCCCCGGAUGGGAAGGGGACUUCUGCAGAAUCGCAAAAUGUGAGCCAGCAUGUCGCCAUGGAGGUGUCUGUGUUAGGCCAAACAAAUGCCUCUGUAAAAAAGGAUAUCUUGGUCCUCAAUGUGAACAAGUGGACAGAAACAUCCGCAGAGUGACCAGGGCAGACAUCACCUAGAUGAAACACCUUUACCCUGUCCUGUAAAAUACUAAAGUUACAUUUUUCACCAACUUAAUUGGAAAGAAGGGGAGUGAGAAAGCAAACAGUCUUUAAUGUGCUGUGGAUCUAAUCUAGCAAUGUAUCCUUGUGCCAACAUGUAAUCAUUAACGACGGAUGAAAAAGCAAGAAAACAGCCAAUCCUUAUAAAAUUCCAGCAUUAAACAUUUGUAAAGUGCUUUUCAUGAUAGCAAGACUGUCAGAGUAUAUGUGAUUAGAAUGUUGCAGAUUGCACACUCAAUCGAACCUCACUGGAGAAGAACUCACUCGUUUUUUAACAAAUCUUGGCUAUGUAAGCUGUCACUUGUACAAAUUUUUAAUAUAAUAAUUCUUGCCAAAUAUGACUUUCCGUGUAUAUGUUCCUUCAGGACUCAAUGAAAAUUUUCUUUGGUGAAUGUAUGAAUAAAUUUCUGUAAAUGUUCUGUUCAGGUUUUGAAAGAAAUGCUAUGUUCUAACUUAAAACUGCAAAAAGUCUGAUAAACAUUUUUCUUAAUGGUUUUCAAGGCCAGCUCUCCACAUUUGGAUUAUAACAAAAUUAGACGGCCUCCUUGCACUACUGAAAAAACAUCUACCCAUGACACACGCACACCCACUAUAGGUGGUCCUUCUGUAAACAUCUGUUCCCCCCAGAAUCUAAAGUGGAGAGUAGUAUAGAUUAUGCAGCACAGGCUGACUUUUCAAACCUGCUCCUUACUUUUAGGAAUACGAGCCUCAAUUAAAAAGAAUAAAAUCUUGUAACUAGUAUUUCUCUAUUGUUUUAAAGCAGGGGAUUUGCAAUUAAAGCACAGCGAGCAUUUAUAUAGAAGCCACAAUGUAGAAAGAUUGGUUAAGUACACUGCUCUUGUCUUCCAUAUAUGAUUACUUAAGUUUCAAGUGACCUCAUGCCAAAUGGAAAUGGGUUGAGAAAUCUUGGUUCAGUGCUUAGUGAACAAUAGCCUGCAUUAAAAAGUGCAUGCAUAAUUUUGCACAAUUUAGAUUCAAUUGACAGUCCAUUCAAAGAAGUCUCAGGAUUAAAUGAGCAUGGAGACCAAAUUGCCCUCUUACCCCAGAAAAGGGGUGGUCCCUUCUAGUCACACUAACACUUCAUUGGCCCAACAGUGUGACAAAUCUUGCAAUGAACCCUGCAGUAGCCUGCAUCUGUAGGUUAAUAGCAGUCUUUUGUCUCCAUUGCUUUCUCUUCAUAGCCCUUUUACUGAAUUCCAUCACAGAAAGUUUUACAAUUAAAAAAAAAAAUGUCUUGACAACCAUUUUUGUAAAUGGACCUUACCAUCUAAUCGUCCCUUAUUCAGCGUGGGUGACAUUAACAGAAUGUGAACCUCUUGUGAGGGAGCCAGCUGUCUAAAUCUGUCAAAUUGUGCAGUUUUAUUACACAUUCUCCAGUUCAUAGUUUCACUGAGAACAAGGAUACUGCUAUAUACGGCAAAAUCUAAAAAAUCCAGCGUUUCUUCUUACAGCCUUAAUCUCUUCCAAAAUAAAAGGUGUUAGCUUGCCAUUAGUUCUCCUAUUUAAAACUAUCUAUAUUCAAUUGACGAGACCCAGAUUUUUAUACAGUCCCUUUCCCAAGUGAAAGUUUCAAAUGACUUAGAAAAACAUAUGUAUCCCAGGUGUCACUGCCUUUUCUAUUGUGAGUCAUUAGAAUAAAAGACCAAAAUCUUGUAUAAAGAAGAUAGCAAGAUCCAUGGAUAUUAUACCCAAGCAAAGAAAGGAGAGUCAUUGGAGUCAUUUCUGUUUUUAAGAGAGACGUAAAUAGCAAUGGCCAAUUGAUGGCUACAUAUUUUAAACUCAGUGGUCAUUUCAAAAGAUCUUUUGAACUUCUCUCUCAAGUGGAUUUUUAAAAUAUGUGGCUAGAGAAUUGUCUUAAAUGAUUCAUGAUGAGAGGCAGGUAGGAACUGGUUAAAAAGUAUGAGCUAGGGAAAAGUUAUGUCUCAUCACAUGAAUGGCAAUACCUACAUCUACUCAGUUCAUAAAGCACAGAGUAAAAAUGGAAGAAAAAUGUCCUUGAUAUGAAUGCAGAUCUGUGAGAUAAAGGUAAAAUCAUGAACUAGAAAAAUGUGUAUUGCAAUACCUUUGUCCAUUCUAGAGCUUAAUAUUUGGGUGUCAGUUUAAUGUGAAAUGCUGUUAUGGUAGUUGUAAGGAGAUGGAAAAAAAACUUUCUACCACUGCUUCUGCCAAACUCUUGUCCUAGUUAAUAGAACCUUGUUUUCUUGCCAGUUAUAUAGGGUAAUGAGAAGAAAACUGAAUUGGCACAUCAUUAAAGUGAAAAGAAGGGAAGAUUUAAGAAACUUGAGUGGCGAUAAAAAGUGCUUUCAUCUGUACCUUUUCUUCUUGGAAUUUUGUUUCAGUGUGGCUACUGUAAAAUAUAUAUUUUAUUUAUCACAGAGAAUACUCAGACGUUUUCUCAGAUUAAUGGACUGUCCCAUCAAGAAACAGCAAAGACACCUACACAUAUAACAUAUACACACAACCUAAAUAGAAAACCAUUAUCUUUGUCAUUUACAUACUUCAGAGCAGGCACUUCUAUAUUUAUUUCUUUGGAAACAACUACAUAAUAAUGUACUAACAAGUUUUAAUAUAUUUCUUUUUAAUAUUGUUUUUAUCUCUGAAUCAUAAACUAUACAACAAAGGCUACUAGGUGUUAGACAUGAGGUGAGAUGCUACACCUAAUGUCUAUUAAAGGACACAUUAAUUAAAUUUCUAUUAGUCUAACUUUCUCAGCUUUGAAACAUAAAAGAGGAACCAAGUUCAAAUUCUUAAGAGGAAAGAUAAGGUAUAUAAUAGACAGUUGUAGUUGUAUAUUCAAUCAAGUUUCGCAGCAUCUCUAUAUAAUGUUACCUAUGAUCUCUCUCUCUCUCUCUCUCUCUCUCUCUCUCUCUCUCUCUCUCUCUCUCCUACCCCCUACCCCAUAUAUCCUUCUACCUUUUAACCUCUCCCUUUGCCUGUAUUUCUACUGUUUUUUUAACGAAACAGACAUGUAUGUCCUCAGUACAUACAUGAUGAAGAUGUCCUGGGGUAGGUUACUAUUGAUUUUGAGGGUUAUCUUUUCUUUGUUUUCCUGAAAAAUACCCUUUCUUGGUGUCACAUUUGCUCAGACUCUAUAUCAUGGAGAAUGAUAGACAAAUACAAACAUACCAGUCCAAUCUAUUAGAAUCAUUGAAAGAAGUAACGAAAACCAUAAAUGACCAACAGCCCAAAUGCUCCUCUUCAGCUAGUGUUCCAGCAUAGAUACAGGAAAGACAUGAAAAUAUCGCCAGGAGAGAGCAAGCUAACAGCAGGGAAGGUCAGUAGCUAUUUCCUAUUCAAGCAACAACCAUCUCUAUGGAGUCUUUUUUGAAACAGGUUAUUCGAUAUCUAUGAGAAAAAAAUAAGAAGUAGUUCCUCAGUGGAGGCUUUAGAGUCUUCUUUCCCUAUCUCAGAUAAGACUUGAACUUGCAGAGAACUCAGACCAAAGUGCCAUGCCCAAAAAAUGUACAUAUUUCUAUACUGCCCGAGGAAGGUAGUGGGCCUACUACUGUGGAUGUUGGCAAUAGGCAAUACUUUCAGAGCGUUCCUCUUUAGACUAUCCAAACGAAAUACAUGUUUGCUGUCUUACCUUCUUUGUCUUCAUCACACCAACAUGAAUUAGUCAUAUCUCCAAUACUUCAUGUGAUGUCAAAGGAGGUGGGAAACCUAAGAAUAGAAGCAUUUUGAUAUUAAAAAUAUUAAGAACAUGACCACAGAACCUGUCAAACACUAAUCUUUGCAAACUUCAAACUUCUUUCUCUUAUAUAUCUCUUAAGUUUGGGAGACUGUCUUAAAAUCAAUGUUUAGGAGAGUAAGGUAUUCAUGAUAACAAAAUGGAGCAUUGUAGUACUGUUUUCUUUUCAAUCAUAAUUGUAGUUUCCCUAGCUGCUAUAAAGAGAUUUAUUCAUUUAUCAGAUUAGCACUUUUCUUAAAUUCUUCAGUAAAUCUGAACCCAAGAUACAUCCAUCAUUUACCUUGCUUUCUUUUAUAUAGGUCAUAUAUAAAUUGGUUAAAAGAAUAAAAAAUAAAUAUGGGACCCUUGUAUCAACAUAAAACUAGGCCUAAAACCUAUUAACCUAUUAUUGCUUUUUUAAAGCCAGAUUAUACAAUGGCUUACCAAAUAAAUAAACAAACAAAUAAAUAAAUAAAUAAAUAAAUAAAUAAAGUAUCAGCAUGAAUUUUAAGAUUACAUCUCAUACACAUCACAAAGUUAGACAUCAUGUUUCAGUCGGGAUUUUUUUCGCAUAUGUGGAUGAUGUAUUACUUACAGUCAAAAUACAUGUACACAUAUACAAGCAAAUUAACAUAAAUAUGUGAUGAGUUAUCUCGAUUAUAAUUUUUAAGUUAAAAAUACUUUUAGAAAGAACAGAACAUUAACAGUGAUGGGAAAUUCAUAGUGGCUAAAUAUAAGCUUUGUCUUCAGAGUUAGAAACUAAUUCUUAUACAUUUCUUUUGAACUAAAAAAUAACUAACCAAUAGCUUCCAUUCACAAGAACAACAAGUGAUCAGGUUUGGUAUAGUCUAUAUCCAAAAUAUAUGUGGAUAUUUCUUUAUCUCAUAUCCUUAAAAUCUGAGACAUGACUUUCCCGAAAUAAAGUAAGAUUUCAUGUAUAGUGGAGCUUAAUACUAUUAAUAUAUUAAUACAUUUUAUUCAUAAUACUAUUGUUGAGAAAUCUAAUUGACAACCUUAUCAGAUGUCAGAUAUUUCCCAUAUCUCAUUAUAUUUAUAGGACAUUUUUAGACAUGCAUUUCACCAAGAGCCAUGUAGUAACAAGAUAAAUGAUACUGAGGUACUAUGGAAUUUUUGGAGCUUGAGUCCCUAGGAUAUGUGAAAGAAGACUAUUAUUUAAAAGAAACCCAUCUAAUUAAAAUGAAAAAAAUAUCGAAUUAUUAUCAUAAUAAGCAUAAGAGAAAUAUGCUUAUUUUGUUUGCUUUAUCUAUGAUUAAUUUUGUCCAGUUUUAAAGAAUAGUUAAUUUUAUCAUUCUUCUAACACAUUUUGGUUUUCCUAAGUGUUGAUUUUCCUUUAGGUUGUUGACAAUUAGGGCAAUUUACCCAUAACCUCACUCACAGAAGAUACCAGAACCAAUCCUUGCUUGAAUUUCUGUUCAUAAGAGGCAGAAGGCUGUGUGAACAAGUAUAAAAACAGGAACGCGUUUAAGGGAGCAGAGUUAAUAUAUGUACUAGUUGGGAUUUCUCUAAAUGUUCAGAUGAAAAGUAACAUGCAAAGUCAUUGGCUCAGAGAAUCCAAGUUUGAAUUAAUCUGACUUAUUUAACCAAGUUAUUAUAAUACGCAUUUCUCUUUGAUCUAUCUUCUAUUAUUCAGCCAUCAAUCCAUUCAUUAAUUCAACAAAUAUUUAUUGAAGUGCCUAGUGUGAUUAUGUGAGAAAGUCAUUAUAAGGUCCUUAAAAGGUCACAGUAAACGUCCUUACAUUUGCAGUGGGGGGUUGUGAGCCCAAUGGGUAUGAUGAACACAUUUGAAGCAAAAGACACUAAUCACACCCAACCAGCUCCAAUUCAGCUCAACAUCAGAAUCCAGCAAUACCAGUACAGAUGGCCUAAAGUACAUCUGUGUGUAUCUGUACGUGUGCACACACCCAUGUGUAUAUAUAUAUUUAUCUAUCUGUACAAA